GCGCACUUUUUGAUCUCACUAAACUAUCUGCAUAGUUCUUCCUGGUAUUACUAUAAUAUCAACAACUGAGACUAGUGCUCACAAUCAUGUUUUACCGUGUUUGAACGUAUGUCCGCAUACAACACGCACCUGAGAUACAUUCGAAACUCUAAUGCUCGAUCAAUUCAAAUAUAAACAUAUCCUUACAUCCUUAAUUCCGUGUUAGACGACUAUUAAGACACACAUACACAUAUAUAUAAAUAUAUAUAUAUAUUCCUAUCACACGGACCGUGUAUCGCUGAACGGAUGGAAGUCAUUGAGUCAUUGUCACAAUACUAAGGAACACGCACGAAAUUACUUCCAGCGGGAGAAAAUAACGGGAAAGCAAGUCAAUUCCCUACCUCCCAGCAGGCAAAUAACUACUAAACCAGGCACAGCCGAUGCAUUCAUUUGCAGUACAAACUCGGAUGUACAAACUAAUGCUAUUGCUAUUGCUAUUACUAACGCCAGUAUAAGCAUGAGCACGAAUAUGAAUUUCAAACCCGCACCUGGGGGUAGUGUUUCGCGUAAGCCGAGUGCACUAUCGCGUGAAUCGACUUCGUCUGUAGUCACCUGUCCGAUAUGUUGGGAGGACUUGGUGAUGGAGAAACGAGCCCUAUUUACCACAGAUUGUGGACAUAAGUUCCAUUUCUCAUGUAUACAAGUGAACUUUGUUGGGGGUAACCUACUGUGUCCUAUGUGUCGAGCACAUUUUAAAGAACCACCUGUUAUACUGCAAGAUAGAACUAUGAAUGCAAAGUGGUAUUGGAAUGACAUAUCACGCGAACGGGCUGAGGCUCUACUAUUGCAGGAUGGUACAGAUGGUUGCUUUUUGGUGCGGGAGUCUACCUCUAUGCCUGGUAAGUAUUG